GCAAGCGCUAAGAUGGCGAGCGAAGUUACUGAUAUCCGACGGACUGCCUUUAUUAUAGCAGUCAACCCUGCGUUACAAGUGCUAUGCGAUAGCUACAGUCUCGAUCGGGAAGGGGACCGUAGGUUCCUAGGCGCCGAGGAUCGUGAAGUAGUCCACGAGGGGGGGUUCGUGGCGGCGAGGCGGCUAGCGAAUCGACUACUUGAAGGCUCGCCAACGCGCUUCUUUCAGCUAUUUCGGAUGAAUAAGGACACUUUCUGGAAGCUAUUAGAAUGGCUUGAAACGUACACAGCGUUCAAGGGGACCUACUAUCAAUCGGUGGCGCAGAAGUUGAUGAUCUUCCUCUGGAUUGUCAGGUUACGGCCUGGACCGAAGGCGAUAGUACAGAGUGAAGGGGAGAAAUAGGCGUGUCCCCCUGGUGGUCACUUGGUGAUGGCAGGUAGGGGUGUCCACAGUAGU